UCACUACUCAGGGCAAACACAACACCAUUCGCUUAUACCACAUAGGACUAUAUCACCUAAUCCUUAGACACCAGUAAUGUUAAAAUGCCCAAGCUUCUGUUUUCCAAGAUUUGGUUUAGUGAGCUUAAGGAUUUAUUGCCAAAUGUACAGCGGCCAAGAAGGAUUGAUAUUGUUUUGAGUCAAAGGAGGAAAAAGAGCAACAUAUGGCGCCUCUGUCGCAAUGAUGAGACAUUUCCGUCAAAUCACAGCUGGAAGACUGACCAUAUGCUUGACCUCUCUCUGGAAAAAAUACUACGAGACAAAAAAUAUAGAGCACUGUUCCGCUCUUUCCUGAAGUCUGAGUUCAGUGAGGAAAACAUUGAUUUCUGGAUCGCAUGUGAAGACUUUAGGUCAACUUCAGACGACCUGAAAUGGAAAGCUGAAAAGAUUUACGGGGAAUUCAUCGGACCUACAGCGUGCAGAGAGAUCAAUGUAGACCAUAGUAUCAGAGAGAAGAUCCAGAAAUCAUUGAAGAAACCAAGUCGAAGCUGCUUUGAUGAAGCCCAGAAACAUGUAUUCCUGCUGAUGCUAAGAGACUCUUGUCCCAGAUUCCUUCAGUCACAUGCUUACCUGAGUCUGAACCGCAAAUCUAGGACUCAGUGGUAUAUUUAGGAAAAUAGUGUGCUUUUCUCAUUUUGGAGAAAAGAUUUACUACGCCUUGUUGAUCUAUACCAAAACAAAAUGGAUGAAUAUGUGCAACCUAUUUUUUAUGUUAUAAAGAUUGCAAAGCUUUUGAAAAGAACUGUUGGAAGUGAGAGAAGCUAUGUAAUGGAUACAUGAGUCAAAGGAAGAUAGCACUGUACAUGUUCAUGCUCGCAGACUCGUUCAGUUGCUGGAAAUGCUGCAUGUGUUGCAGACAAGUCUGAGUACGUAGGGGGGGAUUAUGGAGAACAAUAAAAUGUCCACCGAUAUAUAAGCAGUAGAACAAUAAACCGUUAUCUCUUAAAAAGGGAUUGAUUUAUUUGUCAAAUUAUUUUGUCCAUCUUGUUUUAACUUGAUGUUCAGGCAAACAUUUACACUAAGCAAAUCACAGAAUGCAUCUUUAAGACAUGGAUGCACACAUUCUCCAGUAAAAGAGCAAGUUUAAUUUGUUUAUCUGUAACAUUUUGGGAAUAUUAGGUACCAAUAUUUUGAAGAGAAUUUAUGUAAAAUAAUUUUGCAUUACUUCAUAAUGAUGGAAAUUGAUUUUACUUUGUUUAAAUUUACCUUUUGGCAUUAAGGGUUAGAGAAAAACAUAUGCUUUGUUAUUUUUUUUCAGAAAUUCAAUAUCUUUACCUCUUCUCUGUAUCUCUUCA